CUGGAGCAGAAGAUCAGAGAAGAUCAGACCGAGGAACAGGAUGAUGAGACCUGCACUUCUGCUCUUCACGUUCCUCCUGCUCCAGAUCGUCGUCCACACUGAGGAGGAUUCCAUCCAAAAACACGAGACCCAAAAACCAUCACCCCCACCCGGCCCUGCAGCACCGACAGCACCGCCCCCGCCCCCGCCCCCGGUCCAGCCGAACAGUUUGGUAUCUUUGGAGUGUUUAGAUCAGAAGUACACCCGCGCUUCCUGCGCCAAGGUCUUCUGCCCGCCGUGGCUCCGCUGCAUCAGGGGCGAGUGCGUGUGCAAGCUGCCCUAUCAGUGCCCGCGCCUGGGGCCGGGCGUGUGCGGCCUGAACGGACGGGACUACCUGUCGCUGUGCCAGGCUCAGGCCAUCUCCUGCCGGGACGAGCAGCCUGUCGUCUCACACUACGGGAAGUGCGAAGGUGUUAUCUCUGAGGGGCAGUUGAAGAAUUCGGGGGAUCACGAGGUGGUUGUGAUGACCACGCCCAAACACAGAGCGCUGAUAUGUGGAACUGAGUCCUGGAACAUGGCCGCCGCUAACGUGGUCUGCAGACAGUUUAAAAAAAACAAAAGAGGAGCCGCCGCGGCCGAGACCGUGGAGGUGAAGGACCUCGAGGUGAAAGCUGGGUGGGCGUGGCCGGGGGAGUGUAUGAGUGUGAGGUGUACGGGGUACGAGAGCUCACUGAUGGAGUGCGAGCUUUACAAACCUCGCAAAGUUGGUGACUACACCCUCAUCUCCGCGGUAACCUGCUACAACGAACCCAAAGGCGGGCGGUGUUCGGAGUUCACCUGUGUGAACAGGAAGUGCAUCUCGUGGAACAGCACCUGUGACGGAGUGGACGACUGCGGGGACGCCAGCGACGAGAUGUGCUGCACAGAUUGCAGUAACGGUGCCUACCACUGUAAAUCCGGGGUGUGUCUGUCACCCCACGCUGUUAGAGAUCAGAUUCGGGACUGUUUAGGUGGGGAAGAUGAAGCUGCAGGAGCCAAUCAGAAGCCUUCAAACACCAGUAAAAUUUUAAGUGCUGGCAGAGAAAACCACCGUCCUGAAGAGCUAGAAUUCAAUCCUAAAGAAGCUAUACUAAAUGCCCGUAAGCACAUUGAGAGCCAGUUGCAUUGUGGGAUUCCCAACAUGGACUACGUUCAUAAGACGGAGAAGGAAAUGCUACGGCCACGCACCAAACGUGUAGUCGGGGGACAGCAAGCUCUACCGACUCAGAUCCAGUGGCAGGUUGCUAUCGAGGAUGAAGGGAGGAUCCACUGUGGUGGUGCGUACCUGGGUGGCUGCUGGGUCCUGACCGCCGCCCACUGUGUAAGGAACAAACCCAAGGAGUUCAGGAUCAAGUUCUCCUUGUGGAGUAAGGUGAUGCUGCUGACCACCUCCGACACCAUCCCUGUGAAGAGCAUCAUCAUCCACCACGAGUACAACUCCCGCACCUCUCAGAACGACAUCGCCCUCAUCCAGCUGCAGAACCUGGCUCACGUGAAGGAGUGUCUGCACCCCAACCCCGCCGUGCGCUCCAUCUGCGUCCCCUGGUCCCCGCUGCAGUUCCUGCCCAACUCCACCUGCACCAUCUCCGGCUGGGGGCGCGGCCGCCAAGAGACAGACAGAGUUUAUACUCUGAAUUACGCAAAUGUAAAUAUUAUCGGUAACUGCAGUCAGUACUACAAGGACCGAUUUUACGACGGCAUGGAGUGUGCAGGUGACCUGGAGGGAACGGUGGACGCGUGUCAGGGUGACUCCGGAGGUCCGUUGGUGUGCACGGACGCGAGCGGGGUGUCGUAUGUGUGGGGGAUCGUGAGCUGGGGGGAGAAAUGCGGGGUGGCCGGUUACCCCGGAGUCUACACCAAAGUGGCCGAUUAUUUUGAGUGGAUCCGACUCCACACCGGCUGGCCUGAAGUCACCAAGUACAACCACUGAAGAGGAAAGUGACCAGGGCGUGGCGUAGUGACCACUGCAGGACCGUUUUUUCUCUGGACUUUAGUUUAUUUAGUUUAAAUAAAAUUACUGAAUGAA